AUUUUUUUAUUAAACAAUGACUGACAACAAGAAUGUGUGUUUGUGUGCGUGAACAAGAAAAACAAAAACCAGGGGCAGGUGAUCUAUGACAUCACAACCAUGAAGAACCAAAUGAAAAAAAAACAAAAACAAAAAAAAACUCAGGAGAGGGACCAGAUUAGCUGCCAGUUCGCAGUCCAUUAGCAGCAGCCACCGCCACCAUCGUCAGCCGCCAUGACCACCACCCUCAGCCGCCGUCGUGACCUCAAGCAGCAGCCGCUUAAAAUAAAGCGCAGUAGCCUACAUGAAGUAAUGAGAGUAACCAUGUUAAAUUGAACACGGAACCAGGCCGGCGUCUGGCAUAGGUGCUUGCCUGGGGCAACAAAUGUGUCUGGGGCGCCAUCUAGUGGUCACCAUCACCAUACUUUCUUACCUACCUAAAUUGGAAUUUAAAUUGCUAAAGCGCAUAAAUCAUAAACACUGUUAUAGUGCCCCCUCUGCAUGCAUGCACGUUUAUUUGACAACGAAUAAUUGUUUAACAAACAGGAUGUUUGGGUUGUAGGGGGCGGCACACGCAGCAGCCACGCAGCAACCACGUUGAGCAGUCGCUGGCGCUGCACAGUCAGGUCAAAGCUACUGUAGCCUACUUAACGUCAAGCUUAGGUUUACUGAAUAUGAAGAAAUCCAAACCCUCUGGUGCUCAGGGACGAAAACGGAGGAAGGAGGAAGAGAAGAAGAAAUCCUGUUAUAAAGAUGCACUCAGGAAAUAUUUGCUGACUCAGACACCUUCACCUGCUGGACAGAGCACUCCUGAUGCCCCAGAUGCAGAUGAUGGGUCAUCCGGGACAACAUCUAGCACUCCAGGCACCAGUGCCACACAGACGAGAGAACCAGAGCCCGCAGCAAGUGAGACAUAUAAGUAUAAGUACAGUAUUCGCAGUAUUUUCCUGUGAAAUGAAGUCACUGGCACCUGGACGGACACUGUCAUCAUUGUGCAAAUAUGUUGAUAUGAGAUGAUCAGCAGGCCGGUUAUGACAGGCUGUGCCCGAAAGCAGACUUUCUAGCUGCUUUCUGCUGCCUCCUGCUGCUAUGUGUGAUGCUCCUCCCACCUGCUGCAACUCCGAAUCCAGUUGAAGUUUAGCUGUCACUCGGCAAGGAAGGACUGUGAGAGAUUCACACUGGUCUACAGAGGGUCAAAAAUGGCUGCAGAAAACAACUCCAGCUAAACAUUUCCUGAUGGACAGCACCGAUCACCCAGUCGAUGUAAACCACUGACACUGACUAGACUUGGGAGAACAGAACAAGGCAUUUAGCAGCUUGAAAAGGAAAACUGUAAGACAAAAACUCAAUACUAUGAUCGACCUGAGUUUCCUGUCGGAGGAGGAGCAGGAGACCAUCCUGGCUGUGUUAAGAAGAGAUGCUCAGCUGAAGAAGGCUGAGGAGCACCGUGUCCGGAACCUCCAGAAGACUGUCAGUGACAGGUGCCAACUCAGAUACAUGACUGGAGAAUGGUUCUACGAGACCAAGCAGCUUCGCCAUCAGGAUCGCAUCCAUGGCUCUGAUAUCAUCAGGGCCUCCAUGAAACAGAAACACACACAGAAACCGCUGACUAUAUUGGAACUCUCCCAGAUGUUGCCUGAGAAAUCCGGUUUUGUCAGCUGUGAGAAUAAAGAAGUGUUCGUCCCAUCCGUUCUCUGUGGAAUCCUUCAGGAGCCUCAAACACAGCUAAGCAAUAAAACAUAUCAAAACCAGAACCUUGAAACACCACAAGAUACACCCAAACCAGUUUUACUUUCACCAACUAAGCAAAGAAAAAAUCCAUUCAACACUGAGAUCACUGCAAGUCACUCUAUUGAAGGACAGGACAAUCAGCUAUUGGACAGACCUGCGGCUCAAACCCAGACACCAUAUGAGGGGCAUUUACCAACAUCUGACAGCUGCAUUUCUUUUGCUACUGAAGUUAAACAAGACCCUAGUGAUAGCCUGGUCACCCAGAAUGCAUCUGUUCCCAUGGCAAUGCCUGAAAACAGAGCAGCCAGUCCCAGUGCUCAGGAGUGUUUUGCUGAGACAGAUGAGCUAGAAGGUCGGCAAACUAACUCUGCUGCUCCACGUGGCAUCCUCAAGCGCUUGUCCACUUCUAGCUCAACAGACUCCCUUAUCUCCCACAUGGACCCACAGAGUGCAGUUAGCCUGGAUUAUUUUACUGAGACCUUGAUAGACAGGAAGCAGGUGAGGUUCAGCUCCACUGUUGGUCAGACCAGAGUUGAGUGGCAGGAUGGGAAGGAGCUGGGAGAGCACAGUUUGCUGGACAUCGACUCCAUUGCUCCUUUUUGGCUGGAAAAUAAUAGUGACCUUGAGAAUACCGUCAGUACCACUGUUGGCACAUGUAGGCCUUUAUUCAGACAGAGUCGAGUGGAUUCUCUGGAAGGUGAACUCAAGUGCAAAAAUGAGGCAUACUCUCGAGAGCAAGAAGCACCCCAUGUCCUCGGUGAUGUCUUUGAGCCCUGUCAGUUGGAGUUCUUAAGGCUCAUUUCUGCUGAGCAGGAAUCAGGACCACCUGUUCACUACACUCAGGCUAACGCAAUAGACGGGCCAACCGGACACAUCCAUCACCAAAAACUACCUGAACAAAGCAUUGACACUUCUGUUAAGGCCACCUCAGAUACUAAACUAUCAACUAAUGGCAGCUCAGAGAGUUCAUCUUGUGCUUUUGCAGCAAAGCCUAGACGAGGAAAACUUGGAUUUUCAAGAAAUGAGAAUAAUGAACCUGUUGAGGUACAGAGUACACAGAAAGAAGAUGUGAGGUUAUCUAAACCAAAAGAACCAGGCAACACCCAGAAUUUUUGCCAAGGUCCUGCAAAUACAACUGUGUAUAAACCUACAAGUGUCAAACAAGAAGUUAAAACAUAUGAGGUCAGAACACUGCCACUAACAGCAUUGCAGAACACUCCCUUUAAAGAAACAAUGACCUCAGUGGAAGCUCAACAUGAGGCAACAGAAGGCAGAGUUGUUCAGCCUCCAGAGUCAAAUCUGAAUGAUUUCUGCAAGAGAGAAAAAACUGGUUCCAAAAUAAUAUUUACCAGAGAAGAGGAAGGGCACACUGACAUUGCCAAGAGUGAACUAUUACAUGGUCCUCAGACUAUCUCUGAUAUGGUGAGCAUAGGCAACAAUAUCUCACAUCAAGUGGAAAUGGCAGUUGAGGAUACUGCUUUUAUGUCCCAAGAAAGGAGUUUGUCACCACAGACUGACUGUAGCCUCAAUUUAUCUAAAGAAGAUGGCACAUACAGAGCAAAUCCAGUCAUUCUCUUUGACGAGAUGGAUGACUCUCCAACAGGUUUAGUUACAGAGUCACAGAUUUCUGAGCCACUACACUGUGUCAUCACUCCUGUUCUUUCCUCUGUAGCCAUCAGCACACAGAAGCAAAGGGGGGAUAUUCCAGUUUCCUUUCCCUGGCAGUCCACUUCCUGUCCUCAAGAGGACAAGCCAGCCAAAAUCACUGAGUUGAAACAUUUGUGGGAGAAGGAAAAUACAGAAAUAUACAGGACACAGGAUAAUUGCAACAAGCAUAAAGCCCCUAUCAAUUCAAUAUUCAGUACCAAUUUGUUUUCCCCUAAGUCUGAUAUGAGAACAUCCUCAGUAGGCAGAGAUAAGUUUGAGGGAGAAGCACAGACAUCGCCAUACAAAACUAAGUCUAAUGUUUUGAAAUCAUCUAAAAUAACAGACAAGGGUUUUGUUGGUCAGAGUUCAGACAGAUCACAGCUGAGGAGUUCUGGUAGUACUAUAGAUAUGCAGUCAACAUGGCAUCAAUACCAGAUCAAAGCUGACACAGAAGCUCAAGAAAGGCCCCUCAGUCCAAGUAAAUCCCAAACUUCAAGAUCAAAGGACCAGGAUGACGAGGUCAGGAGGAGUCCAUCAAAGACCUGCCACCCAAGGGUCCUACCCAGAGAAUCCUCCACUCCCAACAGAUCCAGACUGGAACGCUCUCCCUUGAAAACUUUUCCAAUAAACAUCGACCCUCAUACUAAGGAUGCUGAAGCGCAUCCUUUGAAGCCAACACCAGCACCAAGACAGAGGAAGAGUCCCACUCGUGAAGCAAUGCAGACAGUGAUGACUGACGGUAAACCUAGUAAAGACAUCAUCUCAUCUCCUCCCCCUUUACUUCAAGAAGACGGAGCAACUUAUUCUGGUUAUGAUAAUAGUUCAAAGCCCUUUACUCCUACACCAUCCAAACAACCCUCAGAGAAGAAGUUGCAGUCAUUCAAACACCUUGUCAGAUCAUUCAUCCCUCAUGAUUAUCAACACUACCUCGGGCCACAGGAGACAUGCUAUGUUCCCACUUUUGAACAAGAGAAAGCUGCUGCUGCUGAUAAUGAUUCCCUCCACAGACCACUAAAAGCCCUUGAAGACUUUGUGCAAAACCAGAAUGACAGUCCCACUGAGGGGAAUUCUCCAAGGGGCAGUUCUUGGAUUGUGCAAAAUAAAGAUGGAAACUUCAGCCACAAAGCAACAACUACAGCCUGGUCUUUGACUUGGGCAAGUUCAAGCAGUUAUGAUGAGACCUCUAGUCCUGUUAUGUCAGCUCUGAAGCGAUUAUCUGCAAGGAGCAUGUCCUCUUCCAAAAGUCUGGAAAACCUCACCUUACAAACAAUUUCUUCUCCAACAUCAGCCUGUACUCUCUCCAACUCAGAGCAGAUGAAAACCAGCAUGUCAGUGCCUGUUCUUCAGCAGGAGGAGACAGACAGUGACAGUAAUUUUGAGACCAGCCUGGGCUGGAGAAGAAACACGGGCAGCUCCAUGUCUAAUAUAAGUCUCUCCUCGGGAAUGGUCUCCAUGUCAUCUGUCAAUGGCAGCAUCAGCAGCAUUUAUCCUGCAGAUAUUGGUGACAUUGAAGUCCAAGGAAGCAUCCAGUUUGCUGGGAACUACAUCCAGAAACUUGGAGAGUUUCACAUCUUUGUGGUACACUGCAGGGAUCUGGCCGUGGCUGAAACCAAGAAGAACCGCUCUGACCCGUGUGUGCUUGUUAUAAGACUGUAUGUGAAAUGUUACCUUCUUCCAGACAAAACAAAGUUAGGUAAGAGAAAAACCACCGUGAAAAAGAAGACGCUAAACCCCACCUACAAUGAAAUCCUAAGGUUUAAAGUCAUAAUGGAGGUGCUGAAAACUCAGAAUUUGAACAUCUCAGUAUGGCACAAUGACACCUUUGGGCGGAACAGUUUCCUUGGCGAGGUGGACUUGGAUUUGUCAGAGUGGGACUUCAGUAACACAGAGAUAAAUGAAUACGCCUUAAAAGCCAGGGUCACAGCACAAACUUCAACAUUGUCUCCCUCACAUCUGAUGGACAGCAGAGGACAGAUGAGAGUUGCCCUGAGAUUCCUGCCACAGGCGUCCCAUAGUAAGAGACCAUCUAGGAUGGAGACUGGUGAGGUGCAGAUUUGGGUGAAAGACUGCAAGAAUCUUCCUUCAGUCAGAGGAGUCAUUAUUGACCCUUUUGUGAAAUGCACCGUACUUCCCGACACAAGUCGGAAAAGUCGACAGAAGACAAGGGUGGUGAAGAGGACAGCCAACCCAAUGUUUAACCACACAAUGGUGUAUGAUGGCUUCCGACCAGAAGACCUCAAAGAGGCCUGUGUGGAGAUCACAGUCUGGGAUCAUGACCGAUUGAACAACCACUAUAUUGGGGGUCUGCGGCUUGGGCUAGGGACAGGAAAGAGCUACGGGGCAGAGGUGGUUUGGAUGGAUUCAACGACAGAUGAAGCACAACUAUGGCAGAGAAUGUUACAGUGUGAUGCUGAAUGGGUUGAGGAUGUUUUACCUCUGAGAAUGUGGUAAUGAAAAAGAGCAUGUCAAAGUGAGAUUGUACAAAAUGUGUGAUAAGUGUUGAAACUUUAUGUGAGCACACUGCAUCUACAUUAGGAUGGAUUUACAAACGGUAUGCUUUUAGUGGAAUGAACUGAUGAUUAUUGUAUGACAAAUGAAUACACAGUGUACUUUAUUCUAUAUAGUCCAAGAUGGAUUUGCUUUUUCAAAAAGUUAAUCAUUCAUAAAAUGAUACAAAAUAGGGCAAGGGUAUAAUCGCACUGAUAAAAUGUACACAUUGUUUUGAUCUGAAGAUAUAUUUAAUCUGAACACUGAUGAUUUGUACAAACCUAUUAUUCUCUAAUGUGAUUACUGCAUCAAUAAAUUCUAUCUUCAAUAAACAGGAUACUAAUGUGA